GUCAUUCUCCCAUUGACCUUUGUAGUUCGUGUAUUUGUUAUCAAUUCGUCGUAAAUCACGCUAAAGUUCUUUGUAGUAAGAAUCGCAUUAUAACUGAAAAUGUUUUAAAAUAUCUAUAGGUUAUUAUAUUGCGAAUGUUUUGAAACCGUCAAUAUGGCAUUACCAAGAGCGCAACCCGCAGAAGUUCUUCGUUCAUGGCAAAAAGAUGAUCUGUACGAAAAACAACUUGCCGAAUCUUUAUCAAGAUUGAUGUCAGCAAGAAAUGUAUCUAAGGCGAUACCACUGUCUUCCUUAAUAUAUAGAUCACUUACUACACUACAGGACCUUCAAACUCUUGGAGAAGAAUACUCGGGUAUCGUGCAAGUUGAUGAAACUUAUAAUAAGUUACCAUCACAUUGGAGUCGACUACUAAGCAUUUUACUGUCAAUAUUUGGCGAAAAUAUCACUAGAGUGAUCCUCCAAAGCGCAGAAAAGCGUGUUCAACAAGAUCCGUCGCUAACUGUAGAAGCACAGAACGUAUUUUUGAUUACAUUCAAAACUUUGAGCAGUAUAUUACCUCAGAUUCAGAAUAUUCAUCGCGGGAUUGCGUAUAUCAGUGGUGGACCUUUACAGAUAGGAAAGACUGUGACUGGCAUAGACUAUGUGCAUGUUAGACCUGCUGCGGCUGCUUACUACGCUCAUUUAAGACUCCUUGGUGUCGUUACUCUGUUGCAUGCAUUAGUUUCUUGUGGCCAGAGUUUGUACAGAGCUAAAGCCCAUAUGGAUCAAAUGAGAGAAGUACCAAAUGAAGUAGACAGUAGCAAGUCAUGUGUGGCCUGCUUGGAAGAAAUCAUUCAGCCUUGUGUGUUACCCUGUGGACAUAUAUUUUGUUUACAAUGCUCUUAUGGGGCACUGGAAACCUGCGCAUUAUGUCGCACACCCUUCACUAAGAACUGUGUAGUUCCAUUAAUGAAUUAUUUUCCUGAGAGUUCAUGAGACUGGCUAUUAUUUUCAUUUAGGAGUAAAUGAAUAUAAAAGCAAUGCAUUAAGAUUUUUUUCUGUACAUUAUAUUUCAAUCUGUUCACUGUUUUUUUUUUAUUUAUGUUGCCAGAAUUGGUGUCAAAGCCAAUAUUUAAUGUAGUUUCCUAAUUAGUUGUAAUUAGAAUAUUUGCCAAAGAAUUGUAAAGGUUUCUUUAAUUCAGAGUUAUAAUCUUAAAACAUAUUUUUAUUAACCUCUUGUAUAUUAAUCUUAUACCUGUGAUAAUGACUUUUUAAGUAUAGUAAUUAGUAAGUGUCAAUGGUGAUGGAAAGGGCUGCGGGCAGACAUAAAAUAAUUAAACAAUUCCCAAUUAAA